GUCGAAGUCUCGCGGAACUCUCUCGCGGAGGCAGCCGAUAAAAUAUUCUUGGGCUAUGGACUCCGAGACGAUGGUUCCAGCUUGCUGACGGAUAUCAUCUACUUGGGCACAUUCUUGCCAGCCGGUCGAGAUGGCGAAGUUGGCUAUUACCAUUCCGGACAGAUGGAAGCUCCAUCUACAUCAUGUGAACCGCCGACUAUCGAAAGACCACGAAGCCGCAUCGGCCUACGUCCGAGCGGCCGAUGAAUGCGCAGAAUUGCCGCCGAGACAACACGGGUUCGAUGGACUUCAAGGCGUGUAUCGACGAUCAGGGUAUUACGACGAUUCUCGCGAUGCCAAUGAUGUCAACUCGCUUUCGCGGCUCAACACCGUCGAGAGUAUAAGCCAGGACAGCUUCGAGGCGUCAAUCGAUGCACGCACUCCAGGCGUCUUCACCAUCCCUGUUUGUUUCUCCGAGCACAGCUGGUCUACCGUCGUCGAUGGCCACUACCCACCGCACAAGCUCAUGCAUAACCUGGACGCCCGCAACUCGAUCAAAGCCGUGCCCUGCAACUGCGGGCCAUGGGGUAUCGAUAGGGAGCAGUUCUGGCAGGAGGUCGGCUUUGGCGGCGACGACCUCGGGCGGUCCAAGACCAUAGCACGCAAGAACUGCGGUAAUCACAUCGGUUACAAGAUCAAGGAUCCACUGGAAAAGUUCGUGGCUUUGUGUCGGAUGGAUCUUAGACGGACCCCCUCCAAAAUGCCUAAUGCCAUUGACUCCGGCAAGCAUCCGAGCUGCGAUACCAUCACCAGUCUGAUCGACCAGAGUGGGCUCACUCUUGAAAAGCUGAAGAGUGGUCGCCCGGAGAGCUACGUGGCUAUCCAGUGCUUUGCGGGGAUCUUCAAAGACAAACACCACAAAGAUGUCUGCGAGAGGUAUAAGGCGAUGGACUUGGGAAGUCUGCUGAGGGUGGUGGGGGAGGAGGAGGUCAGCAGGAGGCUACCCAAGAAUUUAACGCCUCCGGCGUCAGAAUGGGUUUUGCUGUGGACACUGAGAAAAGGGAAAAGCGACUCCGCCCACGGUUAUGGGCUUGUUACUUGA